UAAUAAUUAUACUUCGUAUCUCUCCCGAAGAUGAUUACAGUUUACAUGCAGCAGUACGCGAGUUGAUGCUGUCCUAAUCACACUUUUAUAGCUUAUUUAAAUAUGCUUUUAGACCUGUCAAAAAAAUAAAAGUAUUUUUAUGACUAAUUUUUUCCCACCACUAUGCACUCCGCCAUGACACUAUCGACCUGUAACGUCUGGAUAUAGUUAGUGAUCUUGAACGUCGAGGUGAGUACUUAAACUUAUUUCCCCUGUUAUUUAGAACAUUGUUUGAAAAAUUUGUGAGUUAUUUUCAUCUACCGUCAUUUAUAAGAUGUGAGAUUGUAGAAACUACUGAGUACCUAUUAAUCACAACUGACUAUAUGGGCCCUCAUGUAUACCAUGUGUGGGUACCCAUUGCUGUAGAGCUAUCCCGACGUAUAUCGUGUGUGGAUGCCAGAUAACUACAUAGUUAUCCAGCGCGUUUUACGCUAACAUUGCUAUCCCGACGUUUAUCGUGUGUGGAUAUGUAUUGGGUAUAACAAAAUCUCAUACGUAAAAUAUGUUUUUGCGUAAUUGCAGAUGAGAUCCCAAGUAUUGAGAUGCAAACAGAAACCGACGGAGUAGUAGACGAAAGCGAGGACCUGGACCCAGAUAUUUUGCAACUAUUAGGCUCAGAUCCUACACAAAAUAAAUCAUUUGGAGAUCAUUUACAUAAAGAUCUCGCUACGAGGUGGAAGCACAUCUUAACUAAUGGACUUUCUAAGGAGGAGAAACUCGAUAUUCUAAAACAAUACCUGCCUGCUGAAAAUUGCACAAAUAUGAAAGCACCUUUAUUGAAUCCGGAAAUAAAAUCAGCACUCUCGGAUAAUAAUAUCAAAAGAGAUUCGUACAGCGAACAAAAACAAAAUCAAAUGUCCAGCUGUAUUUCAGCAAUUGGCAAAGCACUUAAUUUAGUCUUGUCACAAAAAGACAACGUCCCUCAAGAAAUCAUAAAAAUACUGAGCGACGCUGGGCGCCUGCUAUGCGAUACACAUCAUAGGGAAUCUCUUUCUAGAAGAUUUGCUAUCGUGAAUUCCUUAAGCAAGCAAAAACGAGAAAUAAUAAAAAAUACAAAAAUAGAUGAUUAUUUGUUCGGUGCUAACUUGUCUGAGUAUCUAAAAUCAUCCAAGGCCAUAUCGAUGUCUGCCUCAGAGCUUAGAUUCAGCUCAAAUACAGCCAAGUCUAAUCAGCCACAGCGUGGGCAACCCAGCACAUCCACAUCUCGUUAUCCUGGAUCUUUAAACGCUUGGGGGGCACCGCGUGCACCAGCCGCCGAACCGCGAGUGUACCCCAGCCGGAAUCGGCGCCAGCCACCACCGCCGUCGGCGCCACGAGACCAGCGUCGUGUACCGACGACGAGGAAGACACGGCCGCGGAACAAUUACCCACAAUCUCGACGAAGUUAACAACUCCAUCACAGGGAGGAACACCCCCUGAGCAACAGUCUUACCCUGAUGGCAGGGAGAUUAUCAGGCAGUCCAUGGUGAGGCGAGGAAUUCCAAGUGUCUCUAUCGAUAUAAUGAUGGCCUCCUUCUCAUCAAAUACUCUUAAUCAAUAUAAUAGUUCACUAAAGUCGUGGUGGCUUUAUUGCAAAGAUAAUAAACUAGAUUUCUGUGAUUCCAAUAGUACAAUAUUACUUCAAUAUCUGACCGAAAAAUUUAAUUUAGGUGCUAGCUACAGCACACUGAACAGCCAUCGUUCAGCGUUGUCUAUACUAUUAGGUCAGGACGUGACAUGUAAUGAUAAUACUAAAAGGUUUUUCAAGGGUGUUUACCGGUUAAAACCACCUCUAUCAAAAUAUAAUGCCACUUGGGACCCAAAAUUGGUAUUAGAUUACUUAUCAAAUUAUUUUCCUAACGAUUCACUAACAUUAAAAAAUCUAUCACUAAAAACUAUAACUCUGCUUGCCUUAGCGUCUGCUCAAAGAAUGCAAACACUUAGUCUAAUUAAAAUUAAAAACAUUACAUUUGACUCAGAGAAAAUAAUCAUAAAAAUUGAUGAUUUAAUUAAAACCUCUAGGCCUGGUAUCCACCAACCACUGAUUGUGUUACCAUACAUAAAGGAGAAUCCUAAAGUUUGUCCAGCUGUAACCCUUAAGCAUUAUAUAGAUAAAACUUCAUUUCUACGUCUUCAAGAAGAAUACAUUUUUAUUAGUUAUCAAAAACCACAUAAAAGAGUGUGUUCGCAAACGUUAUCGCACUGGGUUAAGCUUAUCUUAGAACAGAGUGGCAUAGACACAAAAUUGUAUGGUGCUCAUAGCACGCGACACGCGUCCACGUCCGCUGCUCACCGAAAGGGUGUUAAUUUAGAAGUUAUCCGUAAAGCCGCAGGCUGGUCUGAAUCCUCUCAUGUAUUUCUAAAAUAUUAUAAUAAAGAUGUAUCAACUUCAACAGAAACUGAAUUUGUAAAUGCAAUUUUUGAAUGAUUGUAAUAUAAGCAUUUGAUUUGUAAACUUUUGAAAUAUAAGGCUGAUUGAUCGCUUCAA